AUGGCUUCAGAAAUCUUGAUUCUCCUUGCUGCCUUGAUUUGGCCUUGCGCUGAGAACAUCAACGUGAAAAUAAGUUGUUCUAUGGACUGGCUGAUGGUCUCUGUAAGCCCAUGUGCAAACAGCAGCAAUUUGUAUAUAUUUGCUGAUGAAUUAUAUCUGGGAUCGGGUUGCCCUGUGACUCGGAUACAAACAUAUGCCUAUGACUUUAUAUACCCUGUGCAUGACUGUGGGAUCAGGACAAAGGUUGUUUCAGAGGAUACUCUCCUUUUUCAAACAGAGGUGUACUUUAACCCUAGGAAUAUACAUUGUGACCAUCAGAAAAUCCCUUUGGAAUGUUCUGCCUCUAGGAAAUCAGUGUGGCUUACACCAGUUUCUACAGAUAAUGAAAUAAAACUGGAUCCCAGUCCCUUUAUUCCUGAUUUUGAGACAACAGCAGAAGAGUUAGGAUUAUUAAAUUCUAGUCAAACUGACUCCAUGUUUACAGAGAAAUUGAAACUUGGAAAUUGGGCUCAUGAAUUUUGUUGGAAAAACAAUGGUUUUAUACACAAAUAA